CCGACAUUUUAUGUCUUGGUGGCGGGCUGGAAGUGAGUAAUGUGUGCCCACCAUCCCCCGCCCACACCACCUCAGCCAUCAUUUCAGCCUUCCUUCCAGGCGCAACAUGCCAGGCCCUUUCCACUUCAACCGUGCCCUUCUCUCUGUGCCGACCUCACAGAAGCGACGGCGACCGAGACAGCGGAUAAUCAAUGGAGCAAUUGCAGGAUAUCCAGCAUGGCGGAGAGCCAAAUCCACUCGACGACACUGGUCUCUGCCUGCUGUCACUGGACGGUGGUGGGGUCCGCGGGUUGUCGACGUUGUACAUCUUAAAGAAGUUGAUGGUGAAACUAGCGUAUGAGCGUUACGGCAACGCAGCUAGUAGGCACCCUCCUAUAAAGCCGUCCGAGGUGUUUGACCUCAUCGGUGGCACAAGCACAGGCGGUCUCAUCGCUAUCAUGCUCGGACGGCUCGAUAUGACUGUAGACGAGUGCAUUUCGGCGUAUCGCGAGCUUGUCAAGACCGUUUUCGAGGACAAGGACAGCUGGUAUGGGGUAGGCGCAACGGGCAACAUUAAAGCGCAGUUUUCCUCUAAGACAUUGAAAAGCGCUGUCAAGAGGGUGCUUGCGAGUCGUGAAGGCGUCUCGGAAGACGACCCGUUGGAUGAUGGCAAGGCUAGAGGGUGUAAAGUCUUUGUCUGCACUACAGCACACGAAACGAAAGGCAUCUCGCGCCUCAGGAGCUACAGUCUCCCUGGGGAGCUCGGUAAUCAGGUUCCCCCAACAAUUUGCGAAGCGGCUUUAGCAACGUCAGCCGCAACGCGCUUUUUCGACCCCGUCGAAAUUGGAGCACGUACGUUUGUUGAUGGGGCAUUGGGCGCAAACAACCCAGUGGAUGAGGUAGAAGACGAGGCUGCCAGGAUUUGGUGUCCAGAUACCGCAGAGCUGAAACCACUGGUCAAGUGCUUUAUCUCAAUCGGUACUGGGAAUCCUGGGAAAGCGCCGAUUGAGGAUAAGGUGUGGAAGCUUCUUUCAAAGACGCUGGCAGAACUUGCUACAGAGACGGAAAAGACAGCAGCCAAAUUUGCAGGUCGCUGGAGAGGACAUCUGCUUAAUAAGCGGUAUUUUCGCUUUAAUGUCCAGCACGGGCUGCAGGAUAUUGGGUUGGCGGAAUACCAGAAGGAAGGCGCGAUUGAAACGGCGACAGUUGAGUAUCUCGACGAGGCUGAACAGUACUUUCGGGUGCAGGACUGCGCGAGAAAUCUCAAGCAGAAGCAAAGCAAGACGCAGACGGGGUUUGAGUCUUUGAUUAAUGAAUAUCGAGCAAAUGAAUUUGUUACGUCUCACACUACAACUGAUAAACCGCGCUGGUUGGUCCCUUUCUCAAAAAAUCCAAAGUUUGUUGGCCGCAACGUGCAGCUGGGCAAACUUCAGGAAAGUUUAUUCGUGGAUGGCCGUUGUCCAAAAGUCGCACUCGUCGGCCUUGGUGGCGUGGGCAAGACACAAAUUGCAAUCGAGUUCGCCUAUCAGACCCGGACCAAGUAUCCAGAGUGUUCAGUGUUUUGGGUCCCUGCAACCAAUACCGAGAGUCUCGAGCAAGCAUACCGACAGAUCCGUUGGCAGCUCCAAAUACCUGGGCUAGAGGAAAAGCAAGCAAACGUCAGGGAGCUUGUGCAGCAGCGCCUCAGCCAGGAAAGCGCGGGUCGGUGGCUGCUAAUCUUUGACAAUGCUGAUGAUGAAGAUAUGUGGAUCUGCUGCCCAGACAGCACGACCGGAUUGCGUUGUCUGAGGGACUACCUACCCAAUAGUAGCCUUGGAUGUAUACUGUUCACGACACGUAGUCGAAAGGCCGCGGUAGAACUAGCACAGCACAAUUUGAUCGAAGUCAAUGAGAUGGAUGAGCAAGCAGCAACUCAGCUACUACAACAAUCGCUUCCCAACCGAAACAUUUUAAUCGACGAUUCUACCGUGGUGAAGCUACUCAGACAACUGACAUUCCUUCCUCUUGCCAUUAUGCAAGCCGCUGCAUAUAUCGACAAAAACGGAAUAACUUUCUCAGAGUACGUGUCGCUCUUACAGGACAGAGAACAAAACGUACUCGAAGUCCUAAGCGAAGAUUUCAAAGACGACGGAAGAUACCGGGAUAUGAAGAAUCCCGUAGCAACCACUUGGCUUGUUUCAUUCGAUCAAAUCCGAAGUCACGACCGGCUGGCGGCAGAAUACCUGUCCUUCAUGGCCUGCAUCGACCCGAAAGACAUCCCUCAGUCGCUUUUACCACCGGCGCGGUCAAGAAAAGAGAUGGUUGAGGCUAUCGGAACCCUAUGUGCAUACUCAUUCAUCACCAAGCGAGUAGACCAUGCUCUAGACAUCCAUCAACUCGUGCAUCUUGCGACUCGAAACUGGCUGAGGAUGGAGGGUCUGCUCGUAGAAUGGACCACAAAGGCGUGUAUGCGGCUAAAUAAUAUGUUUCCAGCCGAUGACUACAGAAACAGGAGUAUCUGGAAGGCAUACUUACCUCAUGCGCGUUAUAUCCUUGACUCUGACGUUCUCCUUAAUAAUUUUGAGGUGAAACUGCCAUUGUUUGAAAAGGUUGGGUUGUGUCUGCUUCGGGAGGGGAGGUAUAUGGAGGCAGAAGAGCGGCUGAUGGAAGUCACGGAAACAAAAAAGAGGUUGCUGGGAGUAGAUAAUCAAGGCACGUUGGCUAGCAUGGCCAAUUUAGCGUUGGUCUAUCAUCAUCAAGGACGAUGGAAGGAAGCCGAAAAGCUUUUGAAGCUAGUGAUGGAGAAAAGGAAACGAGUGUUAGGGGAAACACAUUUAGACACGCUUACCAGCAUGACUGAUUUAGCGUCAGCUUUUGAGGAUCAAGGCAGAUUCAAGGAGGCUGAAGAGCUUGAGAGGCAGGUAAUACAGACGAGUAUAGAGGUCCUGGGGCCCGUGGAUCCUGUCACGCUGGCCAGCAUGACUAAUCUAGCAUCAUUGUACAGAAACCAAGGUCGGUGGAAAGACACUGAAGAGCUCGAGACACAAGUGCUAGAUGCGAGAAAGAGAGUGUUAGGGGGGGAGCACCCGGACACGUUGACCAGCAUGGCCUCCCUAGCUUUAACAUACUGGGAACAAGGCCGGUGGAAGCAGACCGAAGAACUCGAGGCACAAGUGCUGGAUGCGAGAAGGAGAGUGUUAGGAGGCGAGCAUCCACACACGCUGGCAAGCAUGGCCAACCUAGCCCUAACAUACUGGAAACAAGGCCGCUGGAAGGAAGCUGAAGAACUUGAGAUACAAGUGCUGAAUGCGAGGAAGAGAAUACUAGGGGCAGAGCACCCAGACACGUUAACCAGCAUGGCCAACCUGGCGUCCCUGUACAGAAAUCAAGGCCGGUGGAAAGACACUGAAGAUCUCGAGACACAAGUGCUGGAGACAAGAAAAAGAGUAUUAGGAGGCGAGCAUCCGCACACGUUGACAAGCAUGACCAACCUAGCCCUAACAUACUGGAAACAAGGCCGGUGGAAGCAGACUGAAGAACUUGAGAUACAAGUGUUGGAUGCGAGAAAGAGAAUGCUAGGGGCAGAGCAUCCAGACACGUUGGACAGCAUAACAAACCUGGCGUCGACAUUAAGGUAUCAAGGUAGAUGGAAAGAGGCUGAAUCGCUAGAAAUGCAGGUCCUGGAGACGAGAAAGAGAGUGUUAGGAGCAGAGCAUCCAGACACGCUGAGCAGUAUGCAGAGUCUAGAGUUAACCUACUGGAAAUUAGGCCACUCAAAGGACACUGAAGAAUUAGAGACACAAAUAUUAGAGGCGAGAAAGAGAGCACUAGGGGCGGAGCAUCCAGACACGCUGACCAGUAUGACCGACCUAGCCAUAACGUACUGGAAACAGGGCCGGUGGAAGCAGACUGAAGAGCUCGAGGCACAAGUGCUAGAUGCAAGAAAGAGAAUACUAGGGGCGGAGCAUCCGGACACAUUGGCUAGUAUGGCUGACCUGGCGUCAACAUUAAGGGAUCAAGGUAGAUGGAAAGAGGCUGAAACGCUAGAAAUGCAACUGCUAGAGAUUAGAAAGAAAGUGUUAGGGGCAGAACACCCAGACACGUUGGCUUGCAUGGCCAACCUGGCGUCCCUCUACAGAAGUCAAGGCCAGUGGAAAGACGCGGAAGAUCUCGAGGUACAAGUGCUAGAGGUGAGCAAGAGAGUGCUAGGGGAAGAGCAUCCAGACACGUUGGCUAGCAUGGCCGACCUGGCGUUAAUGCUAAUGGAUAAAGGCAGAUGGAAAGAGGCUGAAACACAAGAAAAACAAGCUCUGGCAAUAAGAAAGAGAGUGCUGGGGGAGGGGCAUCCAGAUACGCUAAGUAGUAUGAAGAACCUAGCUAUGACGUACUGGAAACAAGGCCGAUGGAAGCAGACUGAAGAGCUCGAGACACAAAUUUUGGAUACGAAAAAGAGAAUGCUUGGGGCGGAGCACCCGAACACGUUGGCGAGCAUGGCCAACCUAGCGUCCCUGUACAGAAAUCAGGGCCAGUGGAAAGACGCGGAAGAUCUCGAAGCACAAGUUCUAGAUGCAAGAAAGAGAAUACUAGGGGCGGAGCACCCAGACACAUUAACCAGCAUGAUUAGCCUAGCUUCCUUGUACAGGAAUCAAGGCCAAUGGAAAAACACUGAAGAUCUCGAGAUACAAGUGCUGGAGGUGAGCAAGAGACUGUUAGGGGCGGAGCACCCGGACACGCUGGUUAGCAUGGCCAACCUAGCGUCGACGUUAAAAGAUCAAGGCCGAUGGAAGCAGACUGAAGAGCUUCAGGCACAAGUACUAGGGGCGAGAAAGAGAACACUAGGAGCAGAGCACCCAGACACAUUGGCCAGCAUGGUCACUCUAGCGUCCAUGUACAGAGAUCAAGGGCGGUGGAAAGACACUGAAGAUCUCGAGACACAAGUGCUAGAGACGAGAAAGAUAGUACUAGGAGGCGAGCAUCCAGACACGCUAACAAGCAUGGCCAGCCUGGCCCUAACAUACUGGAAACAAGGCCGAUGGAAGCAGACUGAAGAACUCGAGGCACAAGUGUUAGAUGCAAGAAAGAGAAUAUUAGGGGCAGAGCACCCAGACACAUUGGCCAGUAUGGCCAACCUUGCGUCUCUGUAUAGAAGUCAAGGUCGGUGGAAAGACUCCGAAGAUCUCGAGGCACAGGUGCUAGAGGCGAGAAAGAGAAUGCUAGGGACGGAGCACCCGGACACAUUGACCAGUAUGGUCAACCUAGUGUUCUUGUACAAAAAUCAAGGGCGGUGGAAAGUCACUGAAGAACUUGAGACACAAGUGCUGGAGGUAAGCAAGAGAAUAUUAGGGGCGGAGCAUCCAGACACGUUAACUAGUAUGGCCGACCUGGCGUCAACAUUAAUGGAUCAAGGUAAAUGGAAAGAGGCUGAAACACUAGAAAUUCAAGCGCUAGAAAUAAGAAAGAAAGUGUUAGGGGUAGAGCACCCAGACACAUUGGAUAGCAUGGUUAACCUAGCGUCCCUCCACAGAAGUCAAGGCCAAUGGAAAGACGCGGAAGAUAUCGAGGCACAAGUGCUAGAUACAAGAAAGAGAAUACUAGGAGCGGAGCACCCAGCCACGUUGGCUAGCAUGGCCAACCUAGCUUCAGCAUAUAGGAAGCAAGAGCGGGGGAAGGAGGCCGAAGGGCUUGAAACACAAGUGAUGGAGACGAGGAAGCGAACGCUCGGGGCAGACCAUCCAGAUACGUUGAUCAGCAUGACAAACCUCGCACUCACCUUGGAGUCUCAAGGGCGCAAUAGUGACGCUCUCUCAUUGUUUGAAGAAUGCCUCCGGCUACAGAACCAGAUCCUAGAGUCUCAUACUAAAUCAUCGCCUGAGGCUGUAAAUAAGCGUAGGAUAAAAAAGACAACUAGUAAAUCUAUAACCCCUUUUAAAUGGCUAGGGAUUAAAUUUAGGAGGUUUAGCAUAUAG